AUGGGGAGCUACACGUUUCGAUGGCCUUACGAUGCCAAUGAGGUGUUCGUCACAGGCACGUUUGAUGACUGGGGCAAGACGAUCAAAUUGGAUCGGAAAGGAAACGGCUUCGAAAAAGAUGUCUACCUUCCGGCAACCACCGACAAAGUGCACUUCAAGUUUGUCGUUGACGGAAAUUGGACGACCUUGCCUGACGCACCGCAAGAGAGCGACCAUUCUAGCAACGUGAACAACAUCCUAUAUCCGGACCAGAUCCAAGCAGAUUCAACCGCAGCGCUACAGAACGGCACCCAAGAAAUGGCUAGCACUCUCUCUGGCGUGACGCCCAACUCCACAACCGCCGGCUUAGCCGGUGGAGUCCCUAAAGAGAACAAGGCCCCCGGAUCGACGACUGCGGGGUUGGACAAAGACGUUCCGCUUGAGCAAAGGGCUAACGUCCCUGGAGGAUUUCCUGCGGACACCCCGCUGUCUGAAUACUCUGUCAAUCCUAUCCCGGCCUCCAGCGGCAUUGGCAAUCCAAUUCAUCUAAAGCCGGGAGAGAAAGUUCCAGACCCCAGCACAUUCAAUACCAACACAGUACAGUCAACUGCUCGUACAAACGAUUCAUACGACCAAGAUAGCUCUCGACUGGCUGGCCCGUUCUCUGUUCCUCCUGUUUCAAAUACCAUGAUCCCUGAAUCCAGCCUCCCAAUGGGGAGCGGAACUCACCCUGUAUCCGCCGACCCCGGAGUCACCGUGCAGUCUGCUGCACCGACGUCUACUACCGCUGCUCUUGCCGGCAACGUUCCAUUCGAAUCUAAGAAGCAAACCGAUAGCACAAGCCCGGUCAACGAUGUCCCGGACGUGGUCAGAAAUUCUUUACUCGAGGCUCACCAAGACCCAGAAGCAGCCGCAAAUCAGCUUGUUGUGGACGAAAAGAAGGAGCUAGAGCAUGAGCUGCAACAGAAGGUCAAGGUCGAAAACUCGGCUGGCGCACCGGCGCCUACUACCACCGCUGCCACUACAGAGACUGCCCCCAGGGCUAGCGUUGCGGAACCCAGCUCAGCGGAGUUGUCACCAAGGACAGGAACUCCUACAGGUGCUAGGGCGUCGAACACUGAAGCAUCACAGCCUGGAGCGCCAACUACCGGAGCCGCAACCACUGAUGCACCAGCCACUAGAGCGUCAACCACCACCACACCAACCACCGGGGAGGAGAUAAAGGAGAGCGCGAGCCCUUCGAACAACACCAAGACAUCGGACGUUCCCUCGACUGGCUCGUCUGGAAAGGAAGAGAAGAAGAAGAAGCGAUCGAGUAUCUUUGCCAAGUUGAAGGAGAAGUUCAAAUGA